AUGGCCCGUGGGCCUGCACUGUGGCUGGGCCCUCUUCUCCUGGUUUCCCUCUGGGCAUCCUCAGCUCCAGCCUCCCUUCUUAGGCGCCUAGCUGAGCACAUGCAGCAGUUUCAGGAGAGCUCCUGCUUGGGCCUGAGCCUGGGCCCAGGGGCUGUGGCCCUCCCCAAAGAGGGGUGGCUGGAGCAGCCACUGGACCCCUUCAAUGCCUCUGACAGACGAUCCUUCCUGCAGCGGUACUGGGUAAAUGACCAACAUUGGACCGGCCAGGAUGGACCCGUGUUCCUGCAUCUGGGGGGAGAGGGCAGCCUCGGGCCUGGCUCAGUGUUGAGAGGGCACCCUGCUACCCUGGCCCCAGCCUGGGGGGCCCUGGUGAUAGGCCUGGAACACAGGUUUUAUGGCCUGAGUAUACCUGCUGGGGGCCUGGACAUGGCCCAGCUCCGCUUCUUGUCCAGUCGCCAUGCGCUGGCCGACGUGGUCUCUGCCCGCCUCGCACUCUCCCGCCUCUUCAACGUCUCCUCCUCCAGCCCCUGGAUCUGCUUCGGAGGCUCCUAUGCAGGCUCCCUGGCCUCCUGGGCCCGGCUGAAGUUCCCCCAUCUCAUUUUCGCCUCAGUCGCCUCUUCCGCCCCAGUGCGGGCCGUGCUGGACUUCUCUGAGUAUAAUGACGUGGUGUCCCGAAGCCUAAUGAAUCCGGCGAUUGGCGGAUCCCCGGAGUGCCGGGCGGCGGCGGCCGCAGCCUUCGCGGAGGUGGAGCGGCGGCUGCGCGCGGGCGGGCCGGCUCGGGCGGCGCUGCGGGCGGAGCUGGGCGCCUGCGGGGCGCUGGGCCGCCCGGAGGACCAGGCGGAGCUGCUGGGGGCGCUGCAGGCGCUGGUGGGCGGCGCGGUGCAGUACGACGGGCAGGCGGGCGCGCCGCUGAGCGUGCGACGGCUCUGCGGGCUCCUCCUCGAGGGCCGGGGCAACGGCAGCCGCCCGGCGCCCUACCGCGGGCUUCGUCGGGCAGCGCAGGUUGUCAUACAGAGCCUGGGCCAGAGGUGUUUAAGCUCUUCCCGAGCAGAGACAGUGGCUCAGCUGAAGGUCACAGAACCCCAGGUGUCUGGCGUGGGUGACCGGCAGUGGGUGUACCAGACAUGUACUGAGUUUGGCUUCUAUGUCACCUGUGAGGACCCUGGAUGCCCUUUCUCCAAGCUCCCAGCACUCCCCUCCCAGCUGGCGCUUUGUGAGCAGGUGUUCGGGCUCUCAAUCUCAUCUGUAGCCCAGGCUGUGGCCCAGACGAACUCCUACUAUGGUGGCCAGACCCCAGGGGCCACCCGGGUGCUGUUUGUUAAUGGGGACACAGACCCCUGGUACGUGCUAAGUGUAACACAGGCUUUGGGACCCUCAGAGUCAGCCCUUCUCAUCCCUAGUGCCUCCCACUGCUUGGACAUGGCACCUGAGAGACCCUCAGACUCCCCCAGCCUCCUCCUAGGGCGCCAGAUCAUCUCCCAGCAGCUGCAGACCUGGCUCAGGCUGGCAAAGGAGAGCCAGGGUAGGGGUGGGGUCUGA